UUUUUUUUUUUUUUUUUUCUUAAAAUGAGACAUUCACACUAUAUUUUGGCUUGUCUAGUUCCAUUGCUACUCUCAUGUAGUGUAUUUGGAGACAAAAGUACACAAGAGUAUUUGACUGAAGGCAAUGCGUAUUUGACAGGUGGAAAAUACAAUGAAGCCCUCACCAGUUUUGACGCCGCCAUUCGUCAAGAACCCGAUAAUUACUUGUCCUAUUUUAAAAGAGCCACAGCGUAUCUUUCACUGGGCCGUCAUCAUGCAGCGGUAGAUGAUUUUUCAACCAUUUUAAACCUCAAACCCGAUUUCGAUAACGCUUAUCUUCAGCGAGCUCGGAUUUAUACACAGGAAGGGCAUUUUGAUCUGGCUCUACAUGAUUUAAACAAGUAUUUAGAAAAUCAUGUCUCUGAUAAGAAAGCUCAGACUAUGUUGCACGCAGUACAAAGUGCUCAAGAAGCCAUGAGAAAAGCAAGAAUCGAAAAAUCAGAAGAAAAUUAUGAAGAAUGUAUUACAUUGACAACCGCCGUGUCACGGACAUGUCCUCUACUAGCAGAAGCUCGUUUAUUACGAGCACAAUGUCAUGUAGGUAAAGGCGAGAUAGAUGAAGCAGCCGGCGAUUAUGCACGUGCAGCCCAAUUAAAUCCAUCGGAUGCCGAUAUCCUACUCAUCUUAUCAAAAAUCAAUUUUUACCUAUUGAACGAACCUCAAGGUGCACUCACGCAUGUCAAGCAAUGUCUUCAUUACGAUCCAGAACAAAAGGAAUGUAAAAAACUAUUUCGUCAAAUUAAAAAAAUCAACAAGGAGUUAGCCUCGAUCGAAACCGAUAUUCAGUCCAAACGUUGGGCCACCGCGGCCAAUCAUCUGAUCGGUACUGCCAAUCGACAAGGUCUUCUUCAAGACAUCGAUUUGGAGUUGGAGGCGCUCGAAACACAACUCGCAUUACGAACACCACUGCCGAAAAGACUUCAUGCUACCUGCUACCGUCUGGCCUGUCAAUUAUAUGGACAGCAAGGAAAAGACGAUACACUGAUCCAGAAAUGGUGUACAUUGGCCUUGGCCGAAAAAGAGGAUGGCGAGUCCCUAUUGUACCGUGGUGGAGCGUACCUUCGACAAAAGGAAUAUGAGGAUGCUGUGCGUGACUUGGAAAAAGCUCAUACGAUGUUGGGACGUAGUGAUGGAAGGGCUCGUACGCUAUUACAACAAGCGCAACAAAAGCUCAAGCAGUCGAAAAAAAUUGAUUAUUACAAGCUAUUGGAUGUCUCGCCCAAUGCAGAUACACGUGAGAUCAAGAAGGCGUAUCGUAAGAAGGCGCAUGAAUGGCAUCCUGAUAAAUACAGUGGUGAUUUAGACAAGGAGAAAGUGGAGCGUAAGAUGGCGGAUAUUAAUCAAGCUUAUGCUGUAUUGAGUGAUGCGGAUAUGAGACAACAGUAUGAUAAUGGAUAUGAUCCCUAUGAUCCUGAGAAGGGAAGUGGAGGCCCAUCACCGUUCCAACAACAACAACAACAACAACAACAGGGAGGAUUUCAUUUCCAGAAUGGGUUCCCAUUUGGCGGUAACUUUCCUGGCGGUGGUCAAGGCGGUGCUUACUCGUUUCAGUUUUAAAUGAAGCUUUAAAUAAACUC